AUGGCCCCAGUCGUCCCCUCCAAGCGGCGCUCCCUCCGCCCCAAACUCGCCGCCCGCUCAGGACCAGAGCCAUACGCGCCGCGCAAAGCACCGCGGCCCGACGCCGUGGGGACAAGCGACUCGUUCUCCAACUCGAAGAAAGACAAGCGGACCAUCAAGCACGCGUCCUUCGUCUCGCGCAUCGAAAAGGCGAACCAGAAAACGCCUAGACGCCGGCGGCCGAACAACAAGCUCGUGGCGAAUCUCGACUCGCUGGCGGAUGCUCUGCCGGACUUAUUGGCGGACGGGGAGACGGAGGAGGGCCUGAGACAGAUGAGGGAGGGCAAGAUUAGACAUCGGAGCUUGAAGAGUCGGCCUGGCGCGCUGAAGAGGAAGGAGAGGGUUGUCAAGGGCGAGGUGCAGAGGUUUGGGGUUAGUCUUGCAAGGCUGAGUGCUGUUGCGGAGAAGCAGAUGGAUGUGGAGCAGAGUAGUAGUACUGCUAUGGGCGAGGAUAGCGGCGUGGUUUCGCAGGGCCGGGAUGCGAGUAUGGCGCCGGUGUCGACGACGAAUCGCUGGGCGGCGUUGCGAGGCUUUAUCUCGGCGACUAUGGAGCAGAAUCCGGCGUUUGUAGAGAGGCAGGAUGGGAAAUGA